GCCACCGACUUCAGCCUUUGCACAGGUUUCUGCCGUCACCUCACGUUCCUGCCUUAGAGGUCUCUGGCCUUUGUGUCGUACAGGGUCCAGUCCGUUUGGGGCAGAACUCCUGAUGACUCGGCGCUUUGUUCCAAAUUGUCGGAGCUGCUCCCACAAACUAGUGGGACGUGAGGAGCGCAAAGUGCCAGAUUAUUUUAGCAGAGGUGUUUUUACGCUCACGCGUUUAGAGGAGAGCCUGCGCAGAACCCGGGGGUCCGGAGGCAGGAGGAGGUCCCGCGUUCCACACAGGAGGCAGGACUUCGUGGCUGCGCCGUGCGCUCCAGCACCACAAGUCCGCUUUAAUACGAGCCGAGGAGGAGCACAGGGACGCAGCAGCUGCAGGCGACGCUUCCUCCCGGAUCCACGAGCAUCCAUGUGCCGAACCGAGCUUUGGACUCGCAGCAGCGCGCAGUGAGACGCUCGGCGUGGAUAAAGAACUUCGCCCACUUCAGCCGCUGGCAGCGCUUUAACGCGCUCAGAUCACUGUGGCUGCUUCGGAUGUGGACGCUCGCGUGUCGGCGUGGAGCAUAGUCCAUUCGCAGAGCUCCAGAGCGCGCGCUGAUCACGGGGUCCUCGCGUCUGCGGGAGCUGCGGCUGAUCUCCCGUCUUUGUCAUUUUAAUGUGGCCGUGUUGUCUGAGCCCGGCUCCUCUCCUGGAAUAAAGGGCAUGCGGCUCUGCGGGACGCGGAUCUGCGCCGCUUUCGUUCGGAUUGACUUGAUUCAUUUCUUCCUCCAAACCUCGUUGCUCCUUUGAUCCCAGGACGCAGUGGAAGAUGUCGCUCCGCUCGCGCGCUCCCUCCUCGUCCACCUGUAGCCUCUUCUUCUGCUUUCUGCUGCUGCUCCGGACGCCCCGCUCCUGCUCUCCGCUAAUUACAGGCACUGAAGCCAGCUGUGACAACGAGGGAGAGGUGCUGCACAUCCCCAACAUAACGGACAACCCCUGCAUCACCUGCGUCUGCCUGGAGGGGAAGGCCGACUGCAAGCAGGAGAAGUGUGUGCCGGUGUCGGAGGACUGCGCGCUGGUGGUGAAGCAGACGGGCGCCUGCUGUGAGCGCUGUAAAGGCUGCGUGUUGGAUGGUCAGUCCUACAACAGCUCCGUGUCCUGGACCAGUUCCACCAAACCCUGCAUGACGCGGCGCUGCCAGGAAGGAGUCGUCACUGAGGCAGAAGUGCAAUGUGUCGUCCACUGCAAGAACCCCAAGAUCCACCCGAAGAAGUGCUGCCCCACCUGCCCAGGCUGCAUCUUCGAGGGUCGACUGUACAAAGAGAGAGACGAGUUCAGUCCAGAGGGGAAACCGUGCAUCCAGUGCACCUGCACCGGCAGCCGGACCCUCUGCGUGCGGGAGGUGUGUCCCGUCCUGUCCUGUCCCUCCCACCUCACACACACCCCGGCAGGACAGUGCUGCCCCAGAUGCCUCGGUCAGAGGAAGGUGUUCGAUUUGUCUUUGGGAUCCUGCCUGUUCCACAGUGAAGUGUAUGAGAACGGCACCAGUUUCAUACACGACAACUGCACCAGCUGCACCUGCAAGGAUUCCACAGUGGUGUGCCAGAGACGAUGCUCGCGGCUGGGGAGUUGCCAUGGUAACCAGUGCUGUGAGGAGUGCCUGUCCUACGUGAAGGUGGAGGAAGUGAAGUACUGCAGGGUCCGAAACAAGAUCUACAGGGAAGGAGACAUGUGGUCGUCAGUGAACUGCAGCCUCUGUGCCUGUGUUAAAGGAAGCAUCGAGUGUCGGCCCAAACAGUGCGUUCCCAUCUCCAGCUGCCCGUCGAAUAAGAUCCUGAACAGAACCGGCUGCUGCCCCGUCUGCACUGAAAAACCAGGCGUGUGCACCGUGUUCGGCGACCCGCACUACAACACCUUCGACGGCAGAACCUUUAAUUUUCAGGGAACCUGUCAGUACGUUCUGACCCGUGACUGCGGCGCCGGCCCCUCUGGAAGUAACGCCAACGUCAACAGCCCCGACUCCAGCUUCACGGUGCUGGUGAAGAACGAUGCCCGGCGGACGCGCUCCUUCUCCUGGACUCAGUCUGUGGAGGUGAGGCUCAGCGGGUUGGUCCUCAGUCUCCACCAGCACCUGACGGUUCGGAGGAACGGCUCGCGCAUCGCCCUGCCCUACCACGGCCCCGGCGUGCACAUCGACCUGGACGGAUACCUGCUCAAACUCACCACCAUCGCAGGCCUGGAGAUAACCUGGGACGGGGACAGCUUCGUGGAGGUGGUGGCGGCUCCUCACCUGCGCGGCCGCCUCUGCGGCCUGUGUGGAAACUACAAUGGCCACAAGCGCGACGACACAAUGGGAGGCGACGGCCAGUUCAAAUUCGACGUGGACGAGUUCUCGGAGUCGUGGCGAGUGGACGGGAACGAGGUCUGCUCCCAGCAGCCGCCGCCUCGCCGCCCGCCGUCCUUCCUGUGCCCCGGCAGCGUCAAGGUCAAGUUCCGCGCGCACCGGGAGUGUCAGAAGCUGAAGUCGUGGGAGUUCCAGAGGUGCCACCGUGUGGUGGACUUCACGCCGUUUUACAGGUCGUGUGUGACGGACAUGUGCGAGUGUCCGGUCCACAAGAACUGCUACUGCGAGUCGUUCAUCGCCUACAGCCGAGCCUGCGCGAGGGAGGGCGUGGCCGUGCUGUGGAGGCCCGACGCCGCCUGCACGGCGACCCAGUGCAAACAUGGAGCCGUGUACGACACCUGUGGACCGGGCUGCACCAAAACCUGCGACAACUGGAACGAGAUCGGGCCGUGCCAGAAGCCCUGCGUGGCCGGCUGCCACUGUCCGGCCAACCUGGUCCACUUCCAGGGGCGCUGCAUCAAACCCAUAUCCUGCCCUGGACGGUGACCCUUGUGACACGGCGGCCUUAGGUUGGGGAGGGUUCAGUGUUAACUUGCUGAGAGGAGUUUGUGAGGACGCUAAAGGUUCUGCAGGCGCGGCUCCAACGGGUUCUCAGGGUCCAGGUCUUUCCAGGGACACGCUGUAUUUGUGGACAGAGCCUGAUCCUCGCUGCCACAUUUAGCUCAUGUAAUCCUGUCCUGCCACCAGAGACUCCACAGGAGGCAGAACUCAGGGCCCUGUUUGAAGACUUCCUACUCUUUUCACUUCGCUGCCUCGGACCUUUAGGACAGAAUGUGGGCCCAUGAACUCCGGUGGAGCCAGUGUUUCCCACAAACACUGAGAAUGUGUCUUUGAAGUAGUGACAUUCAAAGAAAACUGAUGAAUCCUGUCAUGAUAGCUCUCUGAUGACUUCACAGUGUAACUAACCAGAUUUAAAUGAGAGAUUCUGCUUUUAUAUUAUUAUUGUUCUAAUUAUUAUCAUUUGAUGUGGAUGAUGUUAAUUUAUAUAUAGAUUGAAUGACAUGUUGUAGCACAAGUCAGAAUCAUGAAUAUGUUAAAGGGAAACAAAAGCUAUUUAUGUAUUUUGUGUUUGUGUCACUAUUUGUAGAGAAAUGCCCAAAUGUGAGUCAGCUGCUGCACCAACGCAGGGAAAACGUACUGUAAUGACAAUAUGCUCCAUGUACAGGUUGUUGUGCCUCGUAACACAGUGAAGUCGCUUUGAGCAGACGCUUCGCUCGACAAUAACUAUUUAAGACCAGCAAUAUAACCUUUUAUCGAAA